ACCUUCGUCGGAAUUUACGUUACGCAGUGUUUGUUUUGGUCGUCGGUCAAUCGAGGGAACAUGGCAGAUGAACCAUACCGUUUGAAUUUACACGUGCCCAAUUCGGUUACAGUCAAUACAGGGGAAGAUUUGCAACGUCAUCUGCAGAAGAUUGAUGCCUUUGGAGCUGACAAAGUCUGCAAGCUCAUAACCAGCGACCGUGGUGAUUUUGAAAAUGAGGUCGCUUGGGUAUGGGAGAAAAUCAGAAAAUAUAUCAACAUGAGCCAAGAGGGUGGUGACUUGACUGAGGAAGAGUGGUCAGAAUUAGAGGGUAAAUUAAAAUAUUGGUACCAGACGGUACAGGAUCUCGAUCUCAGUUUGGGUUCUCCCUCGGAGACAAUUAAAAAAUUAGAUGAUACAUUUAAGAAUUUUAAAAAGUCGAAACAUGAGAAGAGUGUUAGGAAGGACAGUUGUGUGUUCCAUUAUGCCGAUCUGUUCGGCUUGGAACCGUAUUGUUUGCCGAACAGGACGCCCUUGGCCAACUGCGCUGUCGAAGACAGGCUCAUGACAGCCGACGAUUUUGCCCGGUCUAUCGUCGAGGCAUUGCGCUUUGUCAGGUCUGAGCUCGAGCUAAAGCCCGACAUCGUAACAUCCCAGGAAAUGAUCCUGCUAAAUGAGAUAUCCUACAUAGUAAACUGCCUGAAAGAAAUGGGCCAGGUGCAGGCUAACCACAACAAGGACCACAACAAGCACUACAAAGAGCUUGUGACUAAGGUCAAGAUGUUAACGAAUAGGUACACCGACUUCAAGAAGUACCAGCCUUCGUAUGUCGAGUACCUUGCUGCAACUUCAGCUCUUCUCGAAACGGUCGACCUAAAGAGGGUCAAAGUUGCCAGGCAAUUCCUCGACAAAGACUUGGAAGAAUUGGACUGGAAAUUAAUGGAAAUGGGGAAGGGCGCUGAUAAAAAGCAAGAGCCUGCAAGCUGGAAGCCAAUGGAAUUACAAUUUGCCGACCCGAUGUCGGAUGAGGAGUUCAACUCGGAGUUGUAUGACUUUGCCUCUGCUGGACGAAGUGACCUGGAAGACGCUGAGAUUGUCAGAUGGGUCGAGGAUCUUGGCUUCUUUCCGCACAGUUCUGGCCCAAUGCCGAGGGAUCUGAUCAAAAGACUGACACCGUCCGAAGAGGCGAUAUUGGCUGGUGAUUAUGACAAUUGGGAAUACUCAGCAGUACACUCGAAAGGAGAUGAAAACGGGGCGAUUUUAGACUGUUUUCUUCAGCAUUUUUCUACAGUUUUACAAGAGAGCAGUAUGAAUUCACUGUUCGAGUUGCCUGAAGAAGGCUCAGUUGAUGCCAUCACGGCAGCCCAGUUUAACAGAAAAGUACAGAAUGGCGAGAUACAAAUAAAUGUAAACCGUCUCCUUAAGAUUCACCCUGUAUUCAAUCCAUUUUCAUUCGUUGCUGUCCGGGACGAGGAUACAGGGAAAAUUGUGGACUACAAGGUCGGCCUGAAGAACAUAGAGCUGCGGGAACGUGAGUACUGCCUGAGGGGCCAAAUAGGUCGUUGGGUCGAUGAUACUCGUCCAGAUACACAUCGUCUGCGUAAAUACGGCUGGGAACCACCAGGCUGUCAAGUAGAUGAAGAGGAAGAUGAGGAAGAGGAGGAAGAGGAGGCCAUAAAUGCAAAGCCGAAUGAGCAGAAAAAGCGAAAACGUGACUUUGAAGAUAACGUAGACAAGAAUUCUUUAAAUCAAGAAAUAAAUGAACUAGUACAAACUAUAAGCGAGAAAAAAUUGAUCGAUGACAACAAACAGACGCCGCUCAUGGAUAAGGCGAGGUCAUGCAUGGAGGAGUUGGGCAUCAAAGACGCCCGUCUACCUGAUUGCGAAGAUGUCGAGGAGUUCCUAUACGCACUUGACCUGCCAUUUUUCAACUGUAAGGACGAUGCUAAGGUCUUCAGGGGUGAAACAUUGAAGGUAGAGGGACGGCUUGAGCAGCUCAUCGAUGAGGCAUUUGCUGAUGUUCAGGGUGUGUGUGAUGAAGAAAAGAAAAACGAGGACUUUACACCCUUGUCUUAUGAUGUCAAUUCAACUUCAUUAUUCCAAGAGACAAUGGCAAAAUUAGAAGAACUUGCUGAAAAGGAAAAUCCUGAUGGAAAGGGAGAAUGCCUUAUCUUUAAAGAAGAAAGUAUGGGAGAAAAGAAUACAGCCAUCAAGGACUACCUGUUAGCUCAAGACAAGGAAAAUGUAGGAUUCGUUCAAGGCCACCCAAAGUGUGAAGAGUUGAACAAAAAAUUCACCGAGGAGUGGGUGAAGCGCCAUGGCGACAAAAAGGGCCUUUACAAAACGUUGCCUGAAGAGAAAGAGGCUGGGGCAAGGUUCAGGAUGAAUGUCGAAUCGUACGAGAGGGACUUCCUCACGUACCCGUACUACAGCACGAACGUAUUCCAGCCUGAUGCCAUACUCAUAAGGCGAGUCCUGUCCGAGAUACCCGAAUACUCAAACCUUGCCUUCUCAGGUACGACAGGGCUGUCGCUCGCCGACCAGGAGAAGAUCCUCGAUGACAUCGACUCGUGCCGAGACGGCGAGUGCAGCGAUUCGUCCUUGUACAAUGAGUUCAACAGGGAUGACACAAAGCUGUUGGCAUAUUUAAAAAAGGGCGAGUUUGUCGCUGCUAACGACAAAGGCAUCGAUGAAAUAAAUCAGUUCCUUCAAGACAUAAAAUCAGACAUUCCAGACAACUGUGAAGAUUUUGAUGUCGAUCAAAAUUAUUGGGAUAAUUUGGACAACACGCUAAUCCCCGAGUAUAUAAAACGAAUCAACCUCGUAAAAGAGCCGUUUCAGUUUAAUGAAGGGAUUAAGGAACCUUUGAGCGAGUUCGAACUCGACUCAGACUUCGAGAGUGAAUGUUCAUCCACUGGUGAAAACAUGCAUGUCAGCAAGUACUUGAAGGGAAACAAUUACAAAAAUGCAAAAAUUGCCGAUAAUAUCACGGAUUGGACGAGCGAUGAAGAGUCAGAUGAUGAGGAAGAACGCGUCAACACAUACACCUGGGCGCCUUUCAAACAAUUCAAUGAAUAUAAAGGCUUUAAAAUUGGAGAUAGUUUAAAACUGGCGCUAUGUCUGUUGAACACGUCGAAUGAGAAGCGGUACAAGGAGAGGAGGAUGGAAAUCGUGAACCUUUGGAUCAUGGAGAACUUUGAUGUGUCGUACGAGAAGCUUCAGAAGUGGGUGUUAGAGUUCAAAGAGGACAUGCCGCACCACUUAGACCCAUUUGAUCACCCAUUGCCCGAGGAUGAGGCCGAGCUCGCCAAAGAGGGCGGUGUCGAGAAGCUCCUAUCGAAGUUCAAACCGUUGGGACGGGAUUUGACAAGGGAGGAGAAAGAAGAGCAGGAGGAGAUGGAGCGUACAGCUCGUUUUGAAAGCGAUGGACUACUACUGUAUGAGAAAGUUGAGAAGGAACACGACGAAAAUUUAAAAAUGUGUGAUAUUGGACGUUGUGAAGAACCAGAUGACAGUGAUGUCAUUAAGCUCGGUGAAGAGAAGGCAACAGCACUCGGCGGUUCUGUUUCAAAAAUCUUGUAUAAGGGGGCAUAUGCUGUACAAGCGAACACCUACAACCCGGUAGAUAUGAGCUUUAUCAAACAGCCUGCACUCACAUUUCCAUUCGAUCUGGACAACUUUCAAAAACGAGCGAUUUUGGCGUUGGAGCAGAGCUACCAUGUCUUCGUAGCGGCACACACAUCUGCUGGCAAGACAGUCGUUGCUGAAUACGCCAUAGCGAUGGCGAAGAGGAAUCAGACGAGGGCGAUAUAUACGUCGCCUGUCAAAGCCCUGUCAAACCAGAAGUUUCACGAUUUCAGCAAAAAAUUCAAGGACAUAUCGGUUGGUCUCAUUACGGGCGAUACACAGCUCAACGAAUCGGCCAGGUGUCUCAUCAUGACGACAGAAAUUCUCCGUUCGAUGUUGUACAACUCGUCGGAGAAGAUACACGACCUUGAAUUUGUCAUAUUUGAUGAGGUUCAUUAUCUGAACGAUCCUGAGAGAGGCCAUGUUUGGGAGGAGUGCUUGAUCCUUCUCCCAUCGAGGGUUAAAAUUGUAAUGCUCUCAGCAACGGUGCCGAACGCGAUCGAGUUCUCAACUUGGAUCGGUAGGACGAAAAGGCGCCUUGUCACCGUCUGUACGACAAACCACCGUCCCGUCCCGCUCAAACACUACCUCUACAUGUCGUCCGAGCAGUCAAAGCACUCGCACAUCAGCGACAUGUCGUGCCUUCUCAAGGUCGCUGACGGUAAGCUCAACCGAGCCAACUAUGACAAGUUCAUGCAGAUAUGCGAGACGGACAAUGCGCAAUCUAUGAAGGAGAAACUCGCCGUCAAAAAGGCCGAGUCGGCCAAAAGAUACAAGGAUAGCAAGCGAAACUACAAGGAUGAUCCUGAUAUGGAACAAAUUAGGAGAAAAAGGGAUGAAAUGCUAUGGACGAGGCUCAUCUACAUGCUCAAAUCUGCAGACCUCAUGCCUGUCGUCGUUUUCAUAUUCUCUCGUAAAAAGUGUGAUGAGCUAGCGUCCCUCUGUCGUGUCAACUUGACGACCUCAAGGGAAAAGUGGAGCAUACUGACUUUCCUCAAGAUGCACAUCAAAAAACUCGAUGAAGAUGACCAAAAAUUAGAGCAGAUAAGUGUCAUGAAAGAGCUAUUGGAGAGAGGCAUAGGAGUUCAUCACAGUGGCGUUUUGCCCAUUUUAAAAGAAAUCGUAGAAUCCCUGUUCCACCAAGGGAUUGUCAAAGUACUUUUCACCACGGAGACGUUCGCGAUGGGUGUGAACAUGCCGGCGCGCACUGUCGUUUUCAACACGAUCGAAAAAUUCGACGGUUCGAACAAACGCCUCCUGACUCCGGCCGAGUACAUCCAGAUGGCAGGCCGGGCCGGUCGCCGCGGCAAGGACAUGGAGGGCAACGUGUACAUAAUGAACUGGCCAAAGCAAGUCAUACCGUUCCACCACCUCCAGACGGUGAUGGAAGGCAAUCCGACCAAGCUGACGUCCCAGUUCAGAAUAUUCUACAGAAUGAUACUCAUCACUCUCGCGAAACGCGAGAUGAUCACAGUCGACGCGAUGAUGGCGAACAGUUUCAGAGAGAAUGACCAGCAGCUCAAGAAGAACGACUACAAGGCAGACUAUGAAAAAUACGGGAUUCGCGCACAAGUCUAUGAAAUCGAUAUUGACACUACGAUGUCAGAACAGACGAAAUCGAUGCUUUCCAAUUUUUACGAUCAAGCUGACAAAUUUUUCUCAGUUUGGUACAAGGACAAGGAAAAUUUCAUAGGCAAGUUAGAACUUGAGGAAGGACGUUUUGUCAAAGUAACGUUCAAGAACGAAAUUAACAGGAUCGGCAUUAUCCUCGAGGUGAAACGCCCAACGAGGGAUACCGUUAAUUAUAUUGUCAUAAUGCUUAAGGCACAUGUGAAAGUGUACACUGACAUUGCGCCAAAGGAUGAAUCUAAGUUCACUGAAAAGGAGCUCAACAGGUGGUACAAAAUGGUCUCAAUGCUACCAUGCUUCCAUUUCCUGCAACCGUUCUCCGAAGACUGCUACUUCAUUGCGACCAUAAAAGCGACAGACAUAUUCGAGGUGUACAAUGUCAAGUACAAGAGGGAGGAGCUGCACAUGGCGUACUCCUACAUCAAGCGAAUGCCGAAGAAUUCCUACGGCAACAAAAAUCUACCAAGCCAAGUGGCCAACUUGUGCAACAACCUUUUCUUCGCGAAUCCGAACAAUAUGCAGACAUUCACAGUAUUGUUUAGGAAGACGGAUAUGGACCACUGGGACUUCCUGGCGAAGCUCAAAUACCUCAGUGGACAGCUGACGAUUGCUGCUUCAGCGCUGACCUAUGCAGACUUUCAGAAUCACUUUGAAAAAGUUUUCCUCUGGAAGGAGGCGCUCAAGAAUAAAAAUGAAACGAGAGAUAUACUCGAGAACCUGCAGAACAAGGCGCUCUACAGCAACAUGAUCAACGUACUCAAGGAGAAAGACUAUAUCGAUGAAAACGAAAGCGUAAAAACAAAAGGUUACAUAGCCGCACGUAUAUCAAAGUACGAGCUUGUAGUAUGCGAGAUGCUGAUUGACAACAUCCUGUUCGACCUCGAACCGCCAGAGGUGGCAGCACUACUCUCGUUCCUAGUACACGAGAACAAGGACAAGAAUGACGAUGACAGUGACAUAUCGGAUGAUAUGAUCAUCGCCGUACUCCCACCUAGACUGACCAAGGCGGUCAACAGGGUGAAGGAAAUAAUAAAAGAUAUUGAACAGUGCGAAAGGCGGAAUGGAAUCGAUGACGCCUCAGGCUGUGAGGUGUUUAGGUUCAGUUUUGGAAUAACGAACAUCAUCUACUGCUGGGCGCAGCAGAUGAAAUUCACUGAUAUCCUGAAAUUACCCGAAGCGUCGCAGUUCCAGGAGGGCAUACUCGUCCGUCGCAUACAGCAGCUACUCGAGAUGCUCAAGGCCGUCGAAUCUGCCGCCAAGGUAAUGGGCGACCCGACGAUAUUGGAGAAGAUCCACGCGGCAAGUCAAACGAUAAAAAGGGGCAUUGUAUUCGCCCCAUCGCUCUAUACGAAAGGGUUCAAUGAGGAAAAAGAGGAAGAAUAAUGCCUUUAUUUUUUUUUAUGUACAAUAUAAACUUUUAAUUAUUGUGAAUGUUUAGAAUUUCUAAAAAAAGGAAAAAA